CACAAGAUACAACAGGCAGAUGCAACUACCGUCAUAAUUUAGUUUUUUUUUAAAUAAUAUUCCAAGUCUUUCGAGGCAAAACGAUUUAUUUGUGAAAGAAUAGACGAGAUGUGCGAAUUCCAAAAAUGCAGCCAGAAGUAGCCUUGCGUUAGCAAUUGGCUCUUGUGUGUCUCGUGACCAAUUGCGUCAUGCUGUUGUGAAAUGCCAUUGGCUCUUGAGUAUCUCGUGACCGUGACCGAUUGCGUCAUGCUACGGGAGUAUCUUUUUGAAUGAGAUGUGAGCACGUUAGCGGAGCGGGAUCAUUUUCAGCGAUUAAAACCUUAUGUUUUGCUCUCUUCUUCGUAUAAAGAUAUCGUAUGGCUUCAGAAGACUUGGAAUGCAACACGACAUGUUUGUAAUGCAUUUAUAAUGCUUAUUUAUGGUUGUUUUUUGCAAUAAAUACCUGUGACUGCACUUAUAUUUGCCUGUGUGUGUUUUAUAUUGUUCAGAGGUGGGUAGGUUUAGGGUACGGGUGGGGUUAGGUGCUCCAAUGAAAGUAAAAAUUUAUAUAAAAUUAUUUAUAUUUUUUUCAAAUGCAUGCAAACCAUUAAAUUAAGAAAACAACUGAAAACAAUGGAGGACCCUUCACGUAGAAAAGUGACGCUAAAGGGGUACCUUGAGCGUCAAAAAGCGAUGCCAAACGGUCCUGACCACGCGUCAAUAUGUGACGAGUUGGGAUGAGACUGUGUUGAAUAAACAUAUAUACUACAUUCAAAGGCGAAACAAAAAAGGCUGCACCUUUCAUUAACCUUUACAUUCAGCCACAAAGAUCUGAUAUGUUGCCUAUAGUGACAACUGCAACACGGUACAGACCCCUAGUUUGUGGUUGGAGAAAAAGAGCAGGCUGCCAUGACCUAGAAAAUCAGGAAAUGCAUCAACCAGACUCAGUAGUAAAGGUGCUAUUAACACAUUUGAAAUACUGGUACUGAUUGUGUUUGUUCUCCUUUCAAACUCAAAAUUAAAAACCAAAAUAUAUGUCUCCCAUCUGGGUUACUCACAUAUACAUUAUCAGUAUGUUUGACUUUUUGUUUCACAUCCACUAAAUAACUAUCUUGGCUUGUCAUUGUCUAAUUACAUCCUCUGUGACAUUUGAACUCUGUGAUGAUGAGUCUUUACCCUUAUCAGCAUUUUGGUUAGUAGUUUUGUUUGGUAUUACUCCAGUAUUAUUUAGCCUAUGACGUUAGAGUGCAGCCGUGUCAGUGUGCGGAAACACCUUUGGUUCCUUAAUGGGUAUUAGUUAAAGAUGAGCUUGAAGAGACAGCGUCUUUUUUGGUCUGGUAGCUUGGAUGACUGAUGGGAAAAUGUUCUGUUUCUCUGCCGUUCUGCAGCUGUGGUCUCAGAUCUUCUCAACCACAGCGCAAGAUAAUUUUGGACUAGGCCCAGUCUGUCGAACUACUACAAAUAUUAAAGUUCCUUGGAAGUGUCUGCUUAGCUACACCAUCCAGCGCAAACCACUUUUCCACGUGGAUGCCGUGAGAUUUCUUACAAUCAGUGGGAAAAUAAUAUGCUUGGAUCCGUCCACACCAUGGGCCAUAAAAUCAGUGAAGUACCUGGAUGCAAAGAACAAACCUCAAUCAGUAUCAAACAAUACAGCUCGUCAUUCUGUGACAGUGGUUCCUAAGAAAAUGUCAACCACAAAUACAACAUCAGCUCAGAGCUCUACAAUACCAUUAUGCACUCCUCCAGUGGAUAACUCACAGAAAAUAGACAUAAGAGGACACGCAACAACACAAAAAACAGAAAUCCCAAGAACCAAUCCAGGAUUGGAAAAGGAUUGGAGAGGAUCUACUGAAGCCACAGAGACAUUUCAGCUGGGUGGCCUUGCAUGGGAGGAAGAGAAAGAGACCGAGGCCUUAUUAACAGAAACAACUUCAUCUACUGUUAUGAAAUUAGACAUAAGACGACACGCAACACAAAAAACAGAAAACAAGACAGAAUUUCCCAUCUCAGGAACCAAAUCAAUGGAGCAGGAUUGGAGAGGAUCUUCUGAAGCCACAGAGACAUUUCAGCUGGAUGGGCCGACAUGGAAGAAAGGGGGAGACUCCUUAUUAACAGAAACAACUUCAUCAACCAUCAUGAAUGAACCAUUUAUUAACAAUGGUUACUUUUGCUUAAAAGGGGAGAAGUUUAAAUACUUGGAGUCUUAAUUAUAUACUUUGCAGCCCUAACUAUGAGUGAACUUUUCUGCAUGAGCAGUGCCAAUAAUAGACAACAAUUCAGAUUUUAUCUGUAUAUAUUUGUAUGGAACCAUUUUGGUAUGCAGUGCCUUUUUAACCACGUGACUUGUAAUGAAAAGCUGUGUGGAGAAGAUAUUUUUAGCAUUGCAUUAAGAAAAAGAUGUCAAUUUUGUCGUCCGCAAGGUUUUGCUGUGAUUUACGGUGCAUUCCAAACAACUGUGGAGCUGUGCACAAAGUCUGGUUUGUGAGGAUCGAGCCCAGCCUCAGUGUCACUUAACGUACUUUCUAAGAUGGCAGCAACAAUUGAGAAUGUUGAAUCCCGAUUGCUUUUAAAAUACAAUCACCUGGUAAAUUAAUGGGAAGGUCAUUGAAAAAUGUCCAAGGCUGAAUGUAACAAGAAUGCUUAGCAAGAUGAAUGUAAUUGUGAACACAAAUAAUCAUCUUUAUGACACUGGACUGACCUGCACAUAUGGGCUUUAGUAAUGCACAUAUAAACACUUGCAUUAACCUGAGUGUAUUUUGUGAUGUCAACUUUUAGUUUGUAGUUUUGCUUUGUUCCUGUUUCCUUCUUGAUUGUUUCAAGGUGUAUCUUGUUAGUCCCAUUACCCCUUUGUAUAUAAUGAUAAUGGAAAGAUCAUAUUAAUGAGUUGAAUGCACAUAAAAAGUCAAAAUUAUGAGUGGGAAAUUCAAAUGCCUCAGUUUUCAAGUUGGGGGUUUGUCAGUGAGAAAACAUGUCAGAUACAAUGGAUGCAGCGUCUGUACUGACGGUAAUUUUUAAAAAAUGAAUAAAACAUAUUUCAUUCACAAUAAAACGAUUUAUCUUGUAUGUACGAAAUAUGACGGUAUUGUACAGUUACAAAAUAAAAUGCUUCAGUUUACAGAACCUUCACAAAUUGAAUAAAAACAUAAAGCAAAAACAAACUGAUCCACAUUCUUUAAUCCUUAUUUUGUACGAGUUUAAAAUUAAUUCUUUCUUUCUUUAAAACAAAAUUUAAAACCACAAACUGCUCCAACUAAAUGCACCUGGAGUUGCAAUUGCAACGCCUAGUGGCUCCUGUGUUCAUUUUGGGGUCUCGUCUUCACAUGGUUGGCUGUUCAGUUCUAUUUUCUGGUAUCUAAAUUUUUUUUUUUUACAUUAAUAAACCACAACGUUUGGAUCAUGCUCUCCUUUGUCAUUGAGUUAACUGUUUGUUACACUGGUUACUUUCUCAUGGCUAAAAAAGAAAAAUUCAACCGCAAGGAUCUGAUAUGCACUCUGAUACUACUUACUUACAUUACUUACAUGAUAAAAGCCCCUAAAUGUGGUGGGGGGGAAAGAAGCAGACCACCAUGCCCUAGAAAGAAAAAAACAAACAAACAGGAAAUACAUCAACCAGAGUUAAAAGUACAGCAAAAUUCAAUUUGUCAGUGAUAAGUGAUACUAUUCAUUAUAUUAAACAUUAGGCCUAUAUUAAAAUCACCUAUUUCAAAUGCAGAUUGUGUUAAAUGUCCUCAUUUCCAACUCAUUUAAUAUUGAUUUCAUGUUGUGUCUGGAUUAUACACAGAUAGC